AUGUCCUCCAUUGUCCCUGUCCUCAAAACCAAACUCGGGGAGUACAUGCUCGCCCUUCCCGACGGCGCCGCCGAAUACGAAGAUUACGAGGCCUGGGCGCAGGGGUUCGCCAAACGAGUGGCUGUAUUCAAUCGUUCGGCGCGUGGGCAGGACAUGCCCGAACUCGCAGCCUGGGUCGCCGAGGCUGAGAGAGGCCUCGAUCAUAUUGCCACUGACGACUGGCUUGCCUGGGGUUCGCGCAUCUUGCCGCAGCGUGCGGCGCGCUUUGCAGUGCAGCAACAAGCGGCCGAAGAACAGGCCCUGGCAGAGGAGGCUGCGCGGGUUGAAGUCGCCGAACGUGAGGCUGAGGAAGCCGAGGCGAUGCGGGCUGCCGCUGCCUGUCGGUUGGCCGAAGAAGAUCGUCAGCGGCGUCGAGAGGCCUUGGUGGAGGCGAUGUUCAGUGGGUCGAUCGAACCGGAAGAAGGGGACCGUCAAAUGGCCAUCCUAGAAGCAGAGUCCGUCAUACCCCUCCCCCUCUUUCUUCGCUCGCCCUCUCCUUCCGCCUCCGUCGCCGAAGCUUCCCAUCCCGCUCCUUCUUUCGCCAACUCGCCCUCUCGUCCGGGAUCUAUUAUCGCCGAUCCUGCACUCGCCUCCGCAACCGCCGCUAUGAGCCGCAUGGGCGUGGAUCCGGUCGCCUCCGCCACCCCGACCGACGCGAAGGGCAGGAAAUCGGCCGCUGCCGUUGUCGUAGAGUUCGCGCGCCAACGGACGCCGACUGCUGGACGGGUCGUGCUUCCUCUGGGUCCUGGCACAGGCCAAAUGUCGACGGUUCGUCCCCCGGUGGAAAGGAACGGCGCUGGGAAGGUCCUCGAGAACCCUCCUGGACUGCUUCCUGGUGAUGUUUUGGCCGAGUGUGCCUGUUAUCGGUGCACCGAAGAUUUCGCCACUAGGGCGUUUCGCUGCUACACGAGAUCUGGCCAGAUCUCAUGCAUCAAGUGUGCCGACGAACGAAAGGGGUGCAGUUUUCAGCCCUGGUGGACGCCGAAGGAGAAGGGGAAGUCGAAGGGGAAGGGGAAGUCGACUGUUCCAGCAGCGGAGAAGUCGGAAGAGAAGGAGCCAUCUCGCCCUCUAAAGCGGCGCAAGGUGGAGGUACUCGUCCCAGAGCGUUCGGUCGGGGAGAGUAUCGCACAGACGAAAGCCGUUCGCAACAGGAAGCCGGUCAAGCGGCUCCCGACCACAACAAAGGUCAUUCCUGCUUCCUCUCGUCCUUCUCGUCCUCGUUCGGCCGCUGUCCCCGUCCAGCCCGACUCUUCUCGUCUGUCGCUGGUCGUCGCCCAGGGUAUUGCGUCCGAACUUUGGUACCGGAUUGCUGUGGCCGAGGGGUCGUGCGCCUCGCUGGCGCAUUCAAUCGCAAUGUGGCAGGAUGAGUUGGCGGCGCUCGAGGCCCGGGUGGGUCCAUCGGCAUCUUCGGACGUUGUCCUGGUUGGGGAUUCGUCAGAGGAGAGCGAUUCCGGAAUGUCGGUGUCCAGUGAUUUUGUACCUGCUGAAUGA